AUGAAUGAAAACGUUGGCAAAGACUUUGAAGAGCUGGGUGUGAAGCGGUGGCUGAUCAAUCAAUUAAUAACUCUUGGCAUCAAAACGCCAACACCAAUCCAAAAAGGUUGCAUACCAAACAUUCUUUCUGGCCAGGAUUGUAUAGGAGCAGCAAAAACUGGUUCUGGCAAAACAUUUGCAUUUGCUCUACCUAUUCUUCAGAACCUCGCCGAAGAUCCAUAUGGAAUAUUUGCUUUAGUACUCACACCUACACAUGAACUGGCAUAUCAGAUAGCAGAUCAAUUCCUCAUUCUCGGUCAGCCAUUGAAGCUUAGAGUAUGUAUAGUGACUGGAGGCUCAGAUCAACUUGAAGAAUCAUUGAAGUUAGCAAAAAGGCCUCAUAUAGUGGUAGCUAUGCCCGGCAGGUUGGCCGAUCACAUAUCUGGUUGUGAUACAUUCAGUUUGAAGAAGAUUAAAUAUUUGGUAUUGGAUGAAGCAGAUCGGUUAUUCAGUGAAUCCUUCACCGGUGACCUUGAGACAAUAUUUGAAGCUCUACCGAAAAAGCGGCAAAACCUUUUAUUCUCUGCCACAAUCACUGAAGAUGUUAAGGAAUCAAAGGUGUUGCCAUUGAAUAAAGAUAAUCUAUCGACAUGGUGUGACACGGAUACAACUUUGACGGUAUCUACUCUAGAUCAAAGGUAUGUGGUGUGUCCAGCGUAUGCUCGGGAUGUGUACUUGGUGCAAACACUGAGGAAAUAUAGGGAGGGAGCUCCUAGCUCACACGUCAUCGUAUUCACUGAUACAAAGAAAGAAUGCCAAGUGCUCUCAAUGAUGUUAGCAGACAUCGGAAUGGACAACGUGUGUCUGCACGGGUUCAUGCGACAGAAGGAGCGCGUGUCUGCGCUGGCUCAGUUCAGAAGUAAUCUUAAAUGUACACUGAUCGCUACUAACGUUGCUGCUAGGGGAUUGGACAUACCGUCCGUGGAUUUGGUAGUGAAUCAUAAACUACCUUUGGAGCCAAAGGAGUAUAUACACAGGGUAGGAAGAACGGCUCGAGCUGGUAGAAGCGGUAUGGCGAUAUCAAUAAUAACGCCCUACGACAUAUUGAGGCUCGGAGAAAUAGAAGACCAGAUCAAAACUAAACUCAGCGAAUAUAAGAUCGAUGACGAUGAAGCGGUUCGCGUUUUCACAACAGUGAGUGUGAGCCGUCGUACACAAGAAGCGGCGAUAGAUGACACGGAGUUUGAAACGAGGCAGAGGAACUACAGACGGAAGAGAUGGAUGAUGGCUGGAGUGGACCCUGACCUUAUGGAAGAAGGACUGGAAGAAAUGAAACGCAAACGAGUUAAGGCUGCGAAGAAAGCGAAAUUAGAAAAGAUUAAGAAGAUUCAAGCAGAUAUGAAGGAGAAAGAAGAAAAUACAGAAGUUGGAUCUCAGGAGGAAGAAGAUAUUGAUAGAACGAUUAAGACUGGGAUCAAGAAAGUCAACAAGAAACUAAUGAAGAAAGAUGACAGGUUCAAAGACGUCAUCGGAAAAAUGAGCAAAAUAAAACGAAAAGCAGAAAAUAUUAAAGAAAAGAGUGUGGAGGGGAAUGUUAAAAAGAAAAAGAAACCGGGCGUUAAAUAA